AUGUCAACUACUGGAGCAAAUGGUAGUCGACGAUCGGAAUCGGAUUUCGAGUCUUACUCCAUUUCAGGGCAAGGGGUAAGAAGACAUCUGUUUAAUUCUGAUGGGAAUAUUAACGGGAAUGUUAAUGUGCAACGGAGAUAUAGCCGAUCUUUGCAUCAGAGCUUGUUGGCUAGUGGUAAUGCACAACAGGUCAGGGUUGACGUCCAUCGGGAAGAGGACGAUCUACCCGAGGAAUUACCCGGGGAGCAGCUGGCUAAUAGCACACGAGGGGUUGGAGGAGGAAACCAGCGAUCCUCUCUCCAAAAUCCUCCGAAUGUACCGGGAAAUCCGUUUGAGGAUUUGGAUGAGAUCCAGGAAGACGGGGCAAGGGAUGUGACGCCCAGACACGAGUACUCCACACCCAGUAACGUGUUUUACCGUACAGGGACAUUAGCGGCGGGGGGUUUCGUUCCUAGGGGCGAACGCCAUGGGGCGGACCAACCUCCCGAGGGGGUACGACCACUUCGGCGAACUGACGAGCUACGGGACUCAGUAGCAGAGUUGCGCGAAAAAAUGGCCGAAAUGGAGAUAGAGAGGCAAGCACAACAGGGGGAAAUGCAACGCCUCCUGGAUUCUGAGCGGCAGCGUCGAGAGGAAGCUGAAAAGGAGAAAAAUGAAGUUAGAGAUCUUUUGGCGGAGGCCUGGGCAGACCAAAACAUGCAGAAUAACCGAGCACCGGGGAGUGCAUACCUUGAUCUGAAGGGCGCACUUCAAAUGGUACGUUGUUUUGCUGGGCAAGAUUCAGAUAAACUAGAUGGGUUUCUGAAAUCAGUGACUUCCGCUAGGGAAUUGAUAUAUCCGGAAUAUCAGGAUUCGCUCCUAAAGGGUAUUCUGGGAAGUAAAUUUGAAGGUACUGCUUUGAAACAAUUGAAGUAUCGAACGAUCACCUCAUUUCAACAGCUGGAGGAGGAAUUGCGAUCACUUUUCGGAAAAGCGAAAAGUCUGGUCGGACUUCAAGCAGAAUUUAGCAGAAUACAGCAAAAGGAGAAUGAAAGUGUUUCUAAAUAUGUCGCACGCACGGAGGAGGCCACCCUUGAUUUAUUGAAUGGCUUACUGAGUCUACACGUUGGUUUCACGGAGGUAGAAAAGGUAGCCGCUAAAACCAUUCUAAUGUCUCUGGCUAAACUUAUGUUCGAACAGGGAUUGCGAGGGCAGUUGCAGAUUUUGGUGCGAGCCCAUAAUUUCAAGACACUCCACGAGUCCUGUGCAGGAGCCGUAGAUUUGGAGAAAACCAUCUCUGGCCCUCAGAAAGGGAAGCAUUUUGAGGUGCCUCAAAGGAACUCCAGUGGCGGGAAUAGAGUUUCUAUGGCCCGGCAAUCCACUGGGAAUUGCUUCAGCUGCGGACAAUCAGGUCAUAUUGCAAAAGAUUGUCGCAAUCCGCAGGCAGGUCAACGCAAAUCGUUGCCGGUUGCGUCAGAGCGACGUAGCGUCAACGCAUUCGGCGCUGUAUGUAAACAUUGCCGGUAUGCGGGUCAUGAGGCCGCUGAUUGCCGUAAGUUAAAGAAGAAAUUGGGAAUAUCUGACUCGCAGAGAAUUCCUGCGGAGCUCGUGAAGUCUCAUUUUGCAGGUAAGCGGAAUAAUAAUUCGGGUACCGACAGCAGUAACCUAGAUCCAAAAAGGAGGGUUGAUAAGUCUGAUGAGGGGAAAAUUAUGCCUGUCGGAGCCUAUCAAGUUAUGAUGGUAAAACCUACACGGCAAGGGGGGAGUUUCCAGGGAAACAAAACAACGAUGAUAAAGCCAGCACUGCAGGGGGAAAUAAAAUCACAGAUUUUACUCACUGCGCUGGAGCUGGAGCUGCCAACCAUGUUCUUGGCAGAUUCCGGAGCGAAGAUUUCCUUAGUGAGGGUGGACAAGCUGACGGAAGGGGUUGAGAUUUCCCCGAGAAGCCGAAUCUUGAGGGGGAUUUCAAAUCAUGACGUCGCCACCCUGGGUGAGGUUAUUCUUCGGUUGGAAAUUGGUAAUAGAUGUCUGGGACAUACGUUUCAGGUCGUUCCUGCGAAUUUUCCUUGCCUUGGGGGGAUUUUAGGCGAAGAUUUUCUGUCUUCACCUACGUUGAAGGUGGAAACAGUCCAUGGGAAGGCGUUGGUGAUCAAUGGACAUCCGUUCGAGCUGUUCCAGGAUCAAACACCCACGAAAAUCGGGGCUAGAAGUGAGGUAUUACUAACGGUACCCACACGAAGCAGCGGAACUGGUAUCGUCCGGAAAAACCAACUGGCGAAGGGCGUCUUCAUGGGGGAGUGUCUCACGAAGGCAGUAAAGGGUCAAGUACUCGUUUGUGUGGUGAAUACGAACGACAACGAUGUGUUCAUCAAUCCACCGACGGUUAAACUGGAAUCGCUGCCGUCGGGGGAAAUAAUUAUGAUGCUGAGGGAUGCCGAGAGGGGCGAGGUGAAAGACCGCAUCAAAUUAUUGCGAGAGAAUCUGAGGAUUGAGCACCUAAAUCAGGAGGAGAAAUAUUCCCUUCUGGAAAUCUUGGAGGAAUACAACUCCAUCGUACAGCUACCAGGAGAUCCUCCUGGAGCUACAGAUCAUCUGAAGCAUGAGAUCCCAUUGAAACCGGGGACAGCGCCUAUUAAUGUCAGGCCUCAUCGGUUACCAGAAUCACAGAUGGAGGAGGUGGAUCACCAGGUCAAGGAGAUGUUGCAGAAUGGAAUCGUGCGUCCAAGCAAAAGCCAGUGGAAUGCGCCUUUGCUUGUGGUUCCUAAAAAAAUGGAUGCGUCAGGGAAGGUCAAAUUCCGCGUUGUGGUAGAUUUCCGACGCUUGAAUGAAGUCACGGUUGGUGAUUCAUUUCCAUUGCCCAAUAUAUCCGAUAUACUGGAUCGAUUGGGAAAUGCCAAAUAUUUCUCAACUCUGGAUUUGGCCUCGGGAUUUCAUCAGAUUCCUGUAAGGGAAGAGGAUAGGUGUAAAACUGCCUUUUCCACACCAUAUGGGCACUACGAGUUCUGUAGAUUGCCUUUCGGGGUUAAGGGCGGGCCUGCAACUUUCCAAAGGCUCAUGAAUUCUGUCCUGGCUGGAGUACAGGGAAUUCGGUGUUUCGUCUAUCUGGAUGACAUCGUGAUUUUUGGACCGGAUCUACAGGAGCAUAAUAAAAGGCUGAGGGAGGUACUGCAGUGCUUGAAGGAAGCGAACCUGAGACUUCAACCUGAUAAGUGCAAUUUCUUGAGGAAGGAGGUGGUGUAUCUAGGACACAUCAUUACCAAGGAUGGAAUCAAAGCGGAUCCUAGUAAAAUAGAGGCAGUAGUGAAAUUUCCGGUACCACAGCACGAGAAGGAAAUUAUGUCCUUCCUAGGAUUAGCGGGGUAUUAUCGGAAGUUCAUCAGAGACUUUUCAAAAAUUGCUAAACCCUUGUCUGAAUUGUUGAAAAAGGACAUAACUUAGACUUGGGGGGAGAG